CAGUACUAAUAGCGGGCUGAGUAGUGUGUGCAUCAGUGGGAUCACUGCAAUGUUCCCGCAGGCGUGUUUGCAGCCUGCACACAUGCUGGGUCAAUUCAGUGCUCACUUGGACCGAAGGGGAAUAGCGAAUUCGCCACAAUCACGCCAAGCUGGGAUUCUGUUCAAAUGUUUGUCGUUCCUCGUGCGCGCACAAAGACCCUACUAUCCGGUGACAGAAGCCCAGGUUCGCUUCGGGGCUCACAACGCUCCUCCAGGUCGAUGGAGAGGCCUUUGAAGACAGGCUGGCUCAAGAAACAACAAAGGUCUUUCGUGAAGAACUGGCACCAGCGUUACUUUGUUCUGAGGGGAAGCACUCUAACCUACCACAAAGAUGACCGUGAAACGGCCAUCUUGGGACUUAUCCAGCUUCAGUUCAGUAAGGUCAAUGAACUCCCCUUAAACUCAGAUGAGCCUGGGAAGUACAUAUUUGAAAUCAUACCAGGUACCAGUGGGGACAAGGAGCGAUGCCCUCAUGUGUUCAUGGCCAACUCCCAAGCUGAUUUGAAUGAGUGGGUCCGCACUCUGCGCAGAGUCAUCGGUGUUCCCAGUGGAGUGUUUGGAAAAAGUCUCAGGGACACCGUGAUGUACGAGCAACGUUUUGGGCCCCAGAUGGUGCCCAUCCUGGUCCAAACAUGUGUGGAAUAUAUCAGGGAACAUGGUCUCAAGGAGGAGGGGAUAUUCCGUCUCCCUGGACAGGACAACACUGUCAAACAGUUCAGAGAUGCCUUCGACGCAGGAGAGAGGCCAUCUUUCCCCAGCGACACAGACGUCCACACAGUGGCGUCCCUGCUCAAGCUGUACUUGCGGGAGCUGCCGGAGCCUGUGGUGCCAUGGGCUCAGUACCAAGACUUUUUGGACUGCACCAACAUGUUGGACACUCAUCAUAAAACAGGUAAAGAAAAUUUAGAGAAGCAGAUCGCCCUCCUCCCUAGAAUCAACUACAAUCUCCUAAGUUAUGUCUGCCGGUUCUUGUUUGAGGUUCAGCUGAACUCCAAAACCAACAAAAUGAACGUAGAGAACCUUGCCACCGUGAUGGGAAUCAACCUGCUCAAACCCCAGUUAGAAGACCCCAUCUCCGUGAUGAAGGCAACUCCUUCCAUCCAGAAGUUGAUGACUGAGAUGAUCCGACAACACGAAGAUUUAUUUCCUAUUUGCAACGACGUUCCUCCCUCCUCGCCCUCCAGCAAGACCGAGAACCAGAAGAACUCUCCUCGCAACCUAGUGGGCUGGGGGUCUACUGAGAUUGGUGAUACUUCUUUUUCCGAGUCAAGCAAGAUGGAUAAAAUUGACAGUCCAGGUCCCCUGAGAGUACACGGCGCAGCUCCGGAUGUUCUGCAAGAUUCUGUUUCAUCUUCUGACAACGGGUAUGGGAGCCCUCGCAAACGCACCCAAACUCUGCCCACCUUUAGUUGCCCACUCACAGGGAUGGCGGCAAAGGCCGGCGCCAUCAACCGCUGGAGUCGCAACCAGGAGCUAGUGGAAGACAAGAGUGGGACCUUGUCAGAGGACAUCUUCAAGAUCCUGGAUCUCAGCCGUUCAGGAUCUUUUUCAAAACACAUCAAGGAGGGAGGGGUCACGUUCAGAGUGCAAGAAGGAGCGCCUAACAAGGCUUCCACUGCUUCCAGCUCCCAAAAAACUGACAGUUACUCCCAGUCUGCUCAGAACCAAAAGGAUGCUGAUCCCUUCAUUGGGAGUGAUUUAGGUCAGGAGGUCAAAAGCAGGACUGAACAGAAGAAAGACUGCAAGCAGUUUCUUGACAGUCUUCAGCAGGAGAUAAAGGAGCUGAGGGCCACUGUAGUUGAGCUUCAGUCUACUCUGGAGGAAGAGCGUUGCCGGGGGGCAGCCUUGGAAACAUGUCUAAAAAAUGCAGAGCGGAGCCGGGAUGAAGCUCUGAGACAAAAUGAAGAACUGCAACGGGACAUUCAACGCUUCAUCAGUCGAAAGACCCAAAGUCCCACUUAACGUUUAGGAAAUGCUAUUGUUUUAGAAUUGAUGUUUCUUCUUAGCUACUGAGCCCAGAUGAGAAGUUUUUCUUGGCUCCUUAGUGAGCUGGCUGUUAAAUAAAUAGUUAUUUUCAAAUGAUAAAUUGUGAUAUAUUUUUUCAUCCUACAAGAGAACUAUCAUAUCAAAUAGAUUGGUGCCUUUACGAUGACUGAUUGCACGAUGUCGCUAUAUGCAUCUUAACCAUUACAUGAAGAGCAGAUGCGGCAUUUGUAAAGCUGAAAUUGACAGCUUGCUGUGUCCCAUUAUGUGGAUUGAAGUGUGUUUAACAUUUCAAGAGGAAAUCAUUGUAGAAAAGAAAACUAAAGAAAGGAAGAAAGACCUGACCUUACACCACAAAUCCUCAACUGAUCACUGGCCAAUUGCGGAUAUAACAUGGCAUAUAAUAUAAUAUAUUAUUUCAACCGAGGAUCAAUAUUUAUUCAUGGGAAACUAUAUGCUAUAAUGUCGUUCCAAAUAUUUUAUACAUUAUUUUUGUACUCUG